CGCAGAGACGUAUGACAGUGCAAGUUUGUUCAUAGCGCAGAGCAGCACCCGAGAAAAGUGUAGUAGGAGAAAAAACAGAGGGAGAAAGUGAACACAGAGCAGAGGAGUGCACAGAGAAGUGAGGGAAGGUAUUCAGAACCAAAUAAAAGAGCAAAACCAAAAUGGACCCCAGCAAGUCACCAAGUGCCCCACCGGCUGGCUGGAAUCCAGGAGAGAAGUCGGGCAUGGAUCAGCCUCCCCCAUACCAGGACUACAGUGCUGGGUACAGUCAACCUCCAGGCUACCCCAACCAGACUGGCUACCCUCAGGGCCAGCCUUAUGGAGCUCCGUAUCAGGGUCAGGGUCCGUACCCUGGUCAGCCCGCUGUGACUGUGCAGCCCACAAUCUAUGUGGCCGCCGGUCCACUGGCUCAGCCCUUGCCCGACUACCUGGGCUACUCCAUCUUCACCAUGCUGUGCUGCUGCUUGCCACUGGGCGUUGCUGCUCUGGUCUUCUCGGUGAACACUCGAGAUGCCAACAUGUCCGGCAACAGACCUCAGGCUGAGAGGAGCUCACGGAUGGCGCGCAUCUUGAACAACACAGCGCUGGGGAUUGGAAUCGUCUUCAUCGUCCUGUACUUGGUGCUUUACAUCACAGUCAUUGCGGUCUCGCACUAAACCACCAUCCAUCAUCAUCACCACGCACCUUCAUCUUGACCUUAACGAAAGCCAGUUAAAGACGAAGGGGGUUUCUGAAGACCAUACAAAUAGUUUAUUUGUUUAUUUUGAAUAUGCAUUUGUUUUUGAUAUAUCAACAUUUGUGUAUUAAUCGUUUGUUUAAAAUUACUGCACGUAAUGCAGCUCUCUUCAUAAGCUUUGUAGAUGUUUGUCGCUUAGCAAUUCAGAUAAAUUAGAUGAUUUGAAUGAAACAUAUACAAAAAGGAAUGUUUUCUGAAAUGAGUGCAUUUUGAUUAAAAUGCAUUUCCAGCAUGCAGUGAUAAAGCUAAAACAGAUGUUACGCAUGGAUAGUGAAUUAAACUUGCUUUUGAUUUCAAAAUGCAAAAUAUCUAUGUUGAAUAAAGGCUUUUUGUAAUAAGUGA